CAUUAAAAUACCCUUCUCUUCUAAACCCUAAAGCAUAAACCUAAACCUAAUUAUCCAUGGAUAUUUGGUCAUGGAUAUGUAACCUACCGAGUUCACCCGAAUGGAGCCCAUCCAACUCACAGCUCGUUUACCAUCUCACCUCUAAUGAUACCAUCCGUAAGGGGAACUUGGUCGGAUCCAUUGAACUCAAAGCCGAGCGGUCAUCCGAGUUAAAUACCGAGAAAUGGAUAACUUUCUCUAUCUUUGUCCAAGGGUUUAACCCGACUGAGUCGUCUCAUAAAACAAUAUGGAUAUCCGACCCGUGUUCCCUAUCCUCUAAUAAGCCUUUCUUACCUCUUGUCCUUCAACUUAUUCAAGAAAUAAUACAACGUGCUCCUAUAACUUAUCAUGAUAAAACCCAUCAUGGAUCCCAUAAUAUAAAAGUAAAACCCGAUUUGAUUGUUGGGAUACUUGAAACCUAUUCACCCGAAUCCUUUUCCGAUUUUUUCAAUAUUUUAAUAUUCACACGUUUGUUUUGGUUAUGUGCGUGUGAUGCUCCAACCGAAGUUGGAUCACUCUACUUUCACUCUUUACUAGCUCCCAAUAUUGAGCUAUUGUCACGUGCUACGCACGUGCAAGUGUUAAAAGAUGUUAUGGAAGCUGUUGGAAUUGAUGUCGAGAUGUGCAUCUCACGUGCAUUUGGAUAUAUGAUUACGAAAUGGUUAAUUGCCAAGGAAAUGCGAACGGUAGGACUAUCAUCUGUGCUACCUUUACCUUCGAAUCUAGGGCUUUCGUACGCUUCUGAAGCAACUAGUAUGUGGUUAUUAAAAGGAUACGUACCGGCAUGGGCUAUGAAGCGUACGUGUCCUAGUGAUAAAAAGGAAGGAUUUCUUUUUGUUGGGGCUAAAGAAUCCGCUCUUAGGUAUUCUCUAGCUCACCAACAAUUAGAAGCUCAUAUUCAAUUAGAAUAUAAAGUCGAGUUCCUAGAAAGUCAUAUCCAAGUCAAGGCACAUCUCGAUAACAUACGACUCCAUGUAGUAAAAUUAGGGUUCAGUAAAAACAAUGAAGAAAACAAUACUAAUACUGAAUUCAACGAAGAAUUAUAUUUUCCUUCUAGAAUCGAGUUUUGGGUGGGACCAGAAAUUGGGUGCAACUAUGUAUCAAGUAUAAGUCUAGGGAAAUCAACAUGCAACAUACAACGAGAAAUCGAAUCACAAAAACUUGUGAAAGGUAGUUUUGGUAAAAUGAAAACACCAAAAGUGAAAACAAUGUCAAGAACUUCAACAAAGAUGAAGAUGAAGAAUUGGAGGUGGGACCAAGAUGUGGAAGGAAAUGUAGCCAUAUUUGAUGCAAUAUUUUAUGAUAAUGCAAAUGGGAUUGAAGUUUAUAGUAAAAAGUUAAUUAAUGGUGCAAGUACUAGUAAUAAUAAUUAUAAUAAUAAGAAUAAAAUUAUAAAUGAUGAUUUAGGGAAAAGGUAUUCAAGAGUAGAUAGACCUUUCAUGAAAUCGGGUGGUUUUGUAUUUACUAAGAAUGAAUAUGGUGAAGAAGUUAAGUGGAGAUUAAGAAAAGAAAUGGAAGGUAGUGUUUUGAAAUGGAGAAUUGGGAGUAAAAUUUGGUUGACUUAUUGGCCUAGUGAUGUUGAAAGUUCAUUUUAUGAAACUAGGUGUAUAGAAUGGAGUCAAGAGGUUGACUUGCCAUUGAUAUUUGAUACCUAGUACUCAUCCCUCUAAUUUUAUACAUGACUUUGUCUCAUUUUCUUAUUUGUUAAUUUCAUUUACUUUGUCCCAUUUUCGUAUUUAUUAUGUCUUUUUUACAACAUUACUCUUACUUACCCUUACUUUAUAGUGAUCCCUCUGCUUUUUUUGUCCUUUACUAAUAAUUUAGCAAAGUAUAUACCAUUUUAUAAUGGUCUCCUCCACUUUCUUAAACUUUUUGCCCAAAUAAAAUAGAAAAUGGGAUAAAUUCAUUAAAAUGGAGAGUUUAUAGUUUUUUUAUUUAUUUUUGAAAUGAAUACCUAGUGAUGAUGUAUAUAGUUAGGUAUAUGUAUGCAUCUUUUAUUUGAUAAUUAUAGCAUAUAUAUUUUGAAUUUUUGAUUAUAUAGUAUGUAUAAGGAAUAAUAAAUAGUAGAGAUUAGAGAAAAUUAUGUAGGGGUAUGAGUAUAUAAGUAUAUAUGCACAUGAUGUCAUGCAUAUUUCAUCUUGUGAAUGUAUGAUCAUUAAUAGUUGUUUUAAUUUGAAAUGUAUAAUAACAUAUUACUACUU